AUGAAGUUCGCCUCUUCCGUUGCCCUGUUGGCUGCUGCUGGCGCCCAGGCCCACUACACCUUCCCCAAGACUGUCGUCGACGGCGUGACCUCGGCCGAGUGGGAGACCAUCCGCAUCACCGAGAACCACUACUCGCACGGCCCCGUCGAGGAUGUCAGCAGCUCCAAGAUGACCUGCUACCAGCGCGAUGUCGGCACCGGCGCGGCCAAGACCGUCUCGGUCAAGGCCGGCGGCACCGUCGGCUUCACCGUCGACACCUCCAUCGGCCACCCGGGCCCCCUCCACUUCUACCUGGCCAAGGUGCCCUCAGGCCAGACCGCCGCCACCUUUGACGGCAAGGGCGCCGUCUGGUUCAAGAUCUACGAGGACGGCCCGUCCGGCCUCGGCACCGGCAACCUCAAGUGGCCCAGCGAUGGCAAGACCCAGGUGUCCGUCAAGAUCCCCAGCUGCGUCCAGAACGGCGACACCCCACCCCCAAAACACCUCACUAACAUACUUCCCCUCACAGAGCUCUACAUCUCCUGCGCGCAGCUCUCCGUCACCGGCGGCUCCGGCACCAUCAACACGGGCUCGCUGGUGUCGUUCCCCGGCGCCUACAAGGCCACCGACCCCGGCAUCCUCUUCCAGCUGUACUGGCCCAUUCCCACCAGCUACGUCAACCCGGGCCCGCCGGUCGUUUCGUGCUAG